UUCGGGUUUGCCUCUAUAAAUUCAUCCCCAGCGAUGCAAAAUGCGCCCUUCGUAGCUUCGGUGCAAAGGCGCCCUCGUAGCCGUAGCGCGUAGCGUCCUUGCGAGGCGCGUGCGUGCGUCAGUCGGCCGCAGCCGCGCGACGCCGCUCCACGCCCGGCAUGCUACGCGCCCGGCGCUGCCAACCUCACAGAAUCACCACACAACACCGCGCGCCCCUGUGCCGACGGCGGCAUGUUGGGCGCGCGGCUGAAGUCCUGGAUGGAAGCGCAGCUGGGGCGCGCCAAGAAACGCAAGCAGAAGCAGCGGCUGCCCGCCACCACCGGCCCGCUGCCCGCGCCCCACCUCUCCUCCCCCGAGAGUGCCUACAGCACCGGCUACUCUACAGAUGGCACGUCACCCGGCGCACCUCCGACUACUCUCGCCGCUCCGCUGGUCGCCCCGCCGCCGCCGCCAGCGCCGCCGACUACACAUCUUUACCAUGAGCCGGCUAAGAGACGAUCAAGCGUGGGAGUGCGACGCCCGGUGCCCGAGCCGCCCGUGGUCUGCAUGACCCCGUCCCCGCGGCCCCGCUGUCGGAUCCGAACUAACCCCUGGCUCGGGGCAACUUCACCCAAUCCCCGACGAAGACCCCCGCACCUACUACAUCAGCAGUCGCUUCAGUGUCCACAGCAGACACCUCAGUUACACCAUGCGCCAUACUCUUUGGACUCCCAUCCUGCUAAGUUUAGCAACCGGUCGCCGCACCUGUCGCCCCACUUGUCACCACAGCCUCGGUCCCCGUACUACCGCGAGGGAGCGAGUAGCGACGAGGAGUGCAGGGGAAUGCGCACGCGCGGGAGAGAGACGGCGAUACUGUCGGAUGCUGAUAUAGACUCGGAUGGGGAUACGGGGCUGGAUGGCGGGGAUGAAGAUGAGCCUGAUGAGACUGCGUCGCCGGGGCGACGGCGAGCGAGGAGGAGGCGGCCGCCGCGGCGACCACCACGGUCAGCUGGAGCAACACCACCACGGGCUCGACGUCGGCACGCGCCGUCUGCGCCACCAGUUCGCGAACGCGACCCACUACUGGAGGCCGACCGCGAGGCCGAACGCAAGUACCGCGAGCUCAUUCGCGAGGCCGAAAAACUUCUGGUCACAGUGUCGCGUGCCCCGCUGGAGCCGCCGCAUAAUCCUAGAGUUCGGGAGCUUAGGGCUACGGAGGUGGAAGCCCCCCGCCGCAGCCCCGAGCGCACGCACCUGACCAACUUCAUGCGCGCCAACUCGCCCGAGCCGCGCCGCGUCUCCCCCGCGCCCGCGCGCCGCUCCCCGCUCGCCGCGGCCCCGCAACCCCCGCCCCCGCCCCCGCCGCGCGCCGCCUGCGGGGACAGGCCGCACUCGGAGCCGCCGAAGAGAAAGGCCUACCAGCGGGAUGAGGUCCUGCAAACAUUAGAAGGCCUGCGCAAGAGUCUUCAGCAGCAGUCAGCCCUGCUAGCGGUCCAGCGCACCCGCCUCGACUCUCUAUAGCCUGCAACGGUUCACGUUUCUUCCCGUCCCUGCCAAACCUAUUGUAGACCUCUGUAGCCAAUAGCCAUGUAGCCAAAUAGGCCGUUUACAUAUCAGUUUAAGUGUUGUUGUGUGGGUUUUGUCUUUCCCUGAUGGUUUCAGACUUUUCAGAGGAAAAGUUAGGGUUUCCCUAAAUCUAUCAACGCGCAAUCGGCUCUAGUCGAUCCAUAGCCGCUCGUUAGUGAUAGAUGACGAAGCUUAACGGCCUAGCCACGACAUUGGUCUGAAACGCGACAGGGUGAGCGGCAACCAUACGUGCGAAUGAAAAGUCCCAUCGCUGUGUCUCGUUCCAAAGUAUGGCUGAGCUGUAAGCGUCGUCGUCGCUGAACGCAUGCGUACGCAUGAUCAUACUAACGAGCGAUUUUUGAUUUCGUGUCGAUAGGUUUGGGGAGACCUACGUACGAUGGAUGAAAAGGUGCAUCAACUGUAAGUGCGUGUAGAUGUGUAGCUAUGUGAGAUAUUAACAUAACAUGAACCAAUGAUUUAAGACAAACCACAAAAUAUGCGUUUUAAGUGCCACUGCCACUAUAUACCUAAGGGCAGGUAGGGGCCUAAUCACACGGUGCGAGAUCUCGCAUAUGAGUUUCAUUACAUUGCGGUAUUUGAUGGAUGUGCUGAAUUGGAUGUAGCCUCAUACAGUCUGAAAUGGAACUAACAUCGCUCGCGAGCGCGCUCUGUAAAGAUACCCUUAGAAGAAAGGUAACAUAAGGUCUGAACGCCCUCAAAAUGCCAAAGACAUUGUAAACGGCCAGUAGUUUUCUAUACAUAUUUGUUUUCUAGUCCCUCCUCGUUUUCUAGUGUAGACCUUAGGCUAGUUAGUGUUGUAGUUACUUGUUAUCGUUUCGUAUAGGCGAGGCCAUUUACCUAUCUUCCAAUAAUAAUCGUAGCAUUUCUAUUAGUAUAUAUUAAACGAAAUAGAUGGCGGUUUGUAGUAAAAACUAGAAGAGAUUUUAAAAAUUGUCUUCCGAUUUAGUUAAAUGCAUAAAAACAUAAAGAAAUCUCACAUUUUUCUAGUUAAUUUCGCUUACAUGUGAUCAUUGAUAACUAUGGUGAAGUUCUAUUUAAGUGACUUUACUUAUUUCAAAUUAUUUACUUAUUUAUUUAAUUUA